CGUUAACCCCACCCUUUCCUGGUGUUAAGGGUCAUCUGUCUAAUAAGUGAAAGUCUUUUCUAUUCCCAUGAAGAAAAAAGAUCUUACUGUAUUUUGUCUGGCCUUGUACUAUAUAAGGAAGCCAAGUAGUCUCCACUUUAUAGUAUCAUACGUUCUGUUUUAGUGGGAUCGUAGCCACUUUUGCUGCUUUUGUACAAGAAAAGAGUAUCUUCAGUUCUAUACCAAUGGCAGCACGUUGUCUUCUCUUGGCAUCCCUUGUUCUCUCUUGCUCUCUACUGCCUUGCUAUGUAGCUCUUCUCUUCUCCUCUCUGCAAAAAACUCUUGCAGUCACGGCUUCACCAACAUCAGGACAAGUGUUGAAAGGUGGUCUAGACAAGAUCACAGUGACAUGGGGGCUCAACCAAACCCUCGCAGCAGGGACCGACUCGACCUACAAGACGAUCAAGGUCAAACUAUGCUACGCGCCCAUGAGCCAAGUAGACCGCGCCUGGAGAAAAACUGUAGACCGCAUAAAGAAGGACAGGACUUGCCAGCAUAAGAUCGUCGCCAGGCCUUACAACUCUGCCAACAAGACCUUCCAAUCCCUCGAGUGGACUGUUCAACGUGACGUGCCCACUGCCACGUACUUCAUACGUGCCUAUGCCUAUAACGCCGAUGAGAGCGAGGUGGCUUACGGCCAAACAACAGAUGCACACAAAACCACAAAUCUGUUUCAAGUGGAAUCAAUCACCGGCCGCCACAUGGCAAUGGAUGUUUGCUCAGUUUGCUUUAGCGUCUUCUCUGUUGUGUCCUUGCUUGUUUUCUUCUAUAUCGAGAAGAGAAAGUGAAUAAGAGUGAAGUGAAUAGGGCAGCAGAUAUCGUAUCAGACAAUAAGCCCGUGUAGUCUUGCAUAAGAAGUGGGUGCCAUGUUUUAUUUUCUUAAAUUUGUUUUGAGCUUUUUAUAUUGUCUUGAACUCGUAGGAAAUCUGGACUUCGUUGUGGGGAAACAAGGAAAAGAAAGUGCUUUAUUAUGAAAAACUGAGCAACUGAUAUCUGAAAUGGAUGGUUUGAGUCA